AUGGGACCAGAAAACGAAACCUCUGUAGAGGAGUUUUUGUUACUUGGUCUUUCACAGGACACACGGACUCAAAUCCUUCUGUUUCUUGUUUUUCUCGUCAUUUAUCUUCUGACGAUACUUGGAAACCUGCUCAUCAUCAUCCUCACCUUCGCGGACUCCCGACUUCAUACCCCCAUGUACUUUUUCCUUAGAAAUCUCUCUUUCACAGAUCUCUGCCUCUCUACAAGUGUUGUCCCUCAAGCGUUGUUCCACUUCUUGGCACAAAGGAAAACUAUUUCUUUUCUAGGAUGUGUGAUGCAGGUAACUGUCUCCCUGUUGAUGGGGUGUUCAGAGUGUGCACUGCUGGCGGUGAUGUCCUAUGACCGGUACAUGGCUGUGUGUAAGCCUCUGCACUACUCCACCAUCAUGACCCAACAAGUAUGUCUCCAGUUGGCCUUAGGGUCCUGGGCCAGUGGGGCCUUAGUGGCUCUGGUAGAUAUGUCAGUUGCCUUCAGUCUUCCCUACAGGGGGCAGAUUGUAGUCAGUCACUACUUUUGUGAACUUCCUGCCCUUUUGAAAGUGGCUUCAGUAGACACUUACAGCACAGAAAUGGCCAUCUUUGCAAUGGGCGUGGUGAUCCUGCUGGCACCUGUCUCCCUCGUCCUCAUCUCCUACUGGAAUAUCAUCUCCACCGUGAUCCAGAUGCAGUCUGGAGAGGGGAGGCUCAAGGUCUUCUCCACCUGUGGGUCUCAUCUCAUUGUUGUUGUCCUCUUCUAUGGGUCUGCAAUCUUUAACUACAUGCAGCCAAACUCCAAGACCAAAAAGGCAUAG